AUGUCAAGUUUUGCAAAAAGACAGUUCAUAAAAGUGACUGGCCUUCAUCUUGGAACAACUUUUCUAGAAAACAAUUGGGACAAAGAUAUAAUUGGCAUGGAAGAUUUGCAGAAUUUUUUGGAAAUAGAAAACGUUAUGACAUUGUUCGCAGUCAUUGAAGAAAUUGAAGAUAAUAAACGAAUGAAAUUUUUCAAAACUUUCACAAAUCAAAAUUACGAAAUGAUAAUAUGUUUCAACAAAUGUAAGCCAAGCAUUCCAUCAGAUGAUAAUUUAUUGCGCGAUAUACAAACCACCACUUUGUCUGGACCACCAACCUUGGCAUUGUUUCAGAGUUUGAACAUGUUUUCUCCAUUAUUGCAACAGAAAGAUCAACCAAACUUGCUAAGACAAAUUGCCAACUUGCAAAAUGACCUAAGAACAGUGAUUUUUAGUGAUAGACCAAGUAGUACCAUAAUUGAGACGCCCGACUUCUCUUCUUUAUCUGUUGUGUCAUCUUUGGAACACGAAGUGUCUUACUGGAGCACCAUUAAACCUACAAAGAGAGAUCGACUCACCAAAGUUGCUUGCUCCGCUUUCAAAGAUCUUCUUGCCACAAUAUCAGGAGAAUUUAAUAUUAUUGAUGCCUUAUCCACUAUAGAUGUUGACGAUUUAUUAGAAAAAUCUCACAAUGUAUUGGACGAUUUAUGGAAAAAUGAACCGCCGUUUCCUAAAAAACGUAUUACUCACAUUAUGGAUAUUAUAGGUAACGAUAUUCAAAAGCAUUAUUCGGCAAUUUUAAAGCAAAUAAAUGUAUGGACUGAAGAAUAUCUUCAAAUAUCCGAAGUGUUAAAUCAGGAAAUAGCUUUGGGAGAAAAAUGGUUAACCAGUUGUAGACAACUGACGGAAAUUUUUUGGCCUAGCUAUGGCUUAAAUCCAUGGAAAGAUGGUAUAUAUCAACCUGCGGAGUUAGCGAAUUCAGUUGCUAUCCUGAAAAAGGUAUUAGAAAUCAGAUCCCUACACAGACAACUAAUGAAACUUUUGACACCUUACGAACAAGUCGAACUUCAAACUGAAGACAUACUGAAAAAAUUUGAAGAUAUAGAUGUGACAAUGUUUGGACCAGAAACUAGUUGUUUAUUAACAAAAGCAGAAAAACAAUUCGGAUAUAUGAUUCAACCGGCGGAGCAAAGGAUUGCAAUUAAACUUAAAAACCAAUUAACUGGCGUAAAUUCUAAUAUUCGACAGUUAAUUUACGAAUAUUCACGCUACGCGGAACUAAUAAAUCGUCCAGUUCUUCGCCAAGAAUUAAUUCAAGAAAGACAGUUUCUUUUGGUAUCGAUUUACGAUUAUUUAAAAUCGAUACACACAGAAGCGACAUCAGAAAACUAUACGGUCGCCACUCGCUACGACACUCCCGAGGUGGUAAAAGAUAUCAUUCAGAUCAGACAAUUGGAAUCCAAAGCGAGCGAGGUGCAGAAAGUGUCGCAAAAAUUACUUCAGGAUCUUCAGGGAUACGAUGAUUUAAAUCGUCAAAUACUUGAUGUUACGAAAGAUUUGAAACAGCAGCAUAACGAACUGUUCGAGUCUUGGUGUGCUGAAAUUUUAACGUACAUAAAAAAUAACGCUUUGACUCUUAAAGAAACUGAUCCCGUCGUUGAAUUUUUCGCAAAGAAGCUAAUGCGUGUAAAUUUUUCUCCGAGAUUGGUUGUUCUUAUUUCUGAGGUUAGGCAACUUGGAGCCAUGGGGUAUCAAAUACCUACAUUAAUAAAGGAAACUAGUGACCAUGCGAAGAAGUUUAUGAAGUUUGCAAGAAUUUUAGAACAGAUAGCACAUUUUCACAAUACCAUCGGUGAUCAAAUGAUUCCAUGUCAAAAACCCAUGAUGCUUAACAGUGCAUUGGAUUUAUCGAAAUUGGUUCAAGAACAAGAAGUAAUUUCUUGGGGACAAGAGAAAUCAGUGGAAAAAUAUGUCAACACGUUAAAAACUGCAGUUGAAAAACUUUCCAAAGAAAACAAUUUAUUGAAUACGUAUCAUCAUCAGAUUUUAGAAAAAAUACGAUAUCUAGAAGAAGUCGAUCUAAUCAAAGAAUACAGUAAAUGGAAAGACACUGCUAGAAAUGUUCGACAGAUAUUAUCCCAAGUAGAGGAGAAAGGGUUUAGAAAUAUGCAAAGUUGGAAAAAAGAAUUAGACAAGGCUCUCGCCAAAAUUUUAGAAAAUCAGUUCAUCGAAAGUCUGGAUACUCUUCACAUUUACCUACCAGAAAUCCGUACUGAUUUGAUAUAUAGACAUUCGAAAUUGGAAUAUUUACCGGAUGAAACGAGUUUAAGAAAAACAUACGACCAGCAGUUGAAGAGAUUUUUAGAUAUUCCAAAGCAUUUUAGAAAUAUAUCUGAAGAAACAAAUAGUGAAAUAUACGAAAGUAUAAUAGAAAGAAAUCAGCCAGCUUUGGCUGAGGUUGUAAAACGCACUGAUGAAUUAUUUGAACAACUAAAAGCGGUAAUGACGCACUGGCAGUCCUGGUUGCAAUUAGAAACAUUGGAUACGUCCAAGUUGACUAGUUGGCAACACUGGGAUCUACAUUUUAGGGCAUCUAAAACUUUUGGGCAGGAGAUUGCGAAGUUACCAAGCGAGGAAGAACGUGUCGGUUGCUUCGUUGUUGGUCUCUCACGAUUGAGAUCCGAUUUAGAAUCGCAUAACAGAAGUUACUGGGACCAAUUGGUCCAUUCUCUUAAAAAUGCUUUAUCGCAGGACGUAGUAAAACUUCAGAAUUACGUAGACCAUUCGACGAACGCUCUUACAAAACAACCGGUCACCAUAGACGAAGUUGGGGAAUCUGGAGCCAUUCACUCUAAUAUUUUGAAAGAAAAGCCCGAGAUGGAGGAAUUGUUUACGGAGAUGUCCCAAAAAGCGCACACAUUAUCCAGCUGGUCUAGGGAACAAGUUGUCGUCGUAAAUAGACUUAAAGGAGCUUGGGACCGUUUACAGAAUCUGUUAGAUAAUUACCAACAUAUCAUGGAAAAACAGUUGGAUAUUAUAAAAACAACGCUUAACGUUGAUAGAGAAAAUCUGGAUAAGGAUAUCGAAAGAUUCAACGCCAAAUGGGAAGAUAUGAAUCCGCGACCACAUUCUGGAGAAAUUUUUAGUAGCAGUCUUCAAGAUCUCGUUAAGCACUUAAAUAAUAUUAAAAACAAACGUGUUGAAUGGACAGAAAUAGAAGCAAAACGUAAUAUGUUACGUGAGAAUUACGUAAAGUUUAAUCUAGAACAACCAGAAAUUGCUUUUUCGAAGGAAAUAGAAGAAAGUCUUACAUCCGAAGAAAAGUCCUGGUCUGUAUUUGAAGACUUUUAUAAAGAAUUUGAAGAAAUUAAAAAUGAAUCUUGGAUAGUAUUCAGGAAGAAAAUAUACAAAUUAGAAGAAUUUUUGAAAUUGUGGCGAGAUAAGUUAACAAAAACAGACCCUUUGCAUUUGGAAUCUAGAAUUUUACAAGAAAUUCACAAAUACGAGACCGCAGCUCCGUUAUUAAAAUUUAUCAAAGGAGAAGAUUUCGUAGAAAAACAUUGGAUCGAUAUUUUUAAUUUAUUAGAAAUGCAAACAAAACCCGUGGAUCAACUUAUCUUAAAUGAUUUUUUGGAGGUCUCCGAUAAAAUACAAAAGAACCUUAAAGAACUGCAGGCCAUUUCGAAGAAGGCGGGCAGCGAAAUAAUUAUUAGACAAGCAUUGGCUGAGCUCGAACAAUGGGACAUUCACAGUAGAUUUGUUCUAACUGCUCACAAGGACUCGAAGAGUAAAGACAUUUCGUUGAUAAAAGAUUUUAAAGACAUUUUAAAUAAGAUUGGCGAUAAUCAAAGUUUAUUACAAUCGUUAAAAAAUUCUGCGGAUUACGAUUCAUCUAGUGAGAAAGUCGGUAUGUGGGAGAAUAAAUUUGGAGAUUUGGAUAAUUAUUUGUCAUCGUUAGCUAAAAUUCAACGAAAGUGGUUGUAUCUGGAACCAAUCUUUGUCAAUGGAACACUGGCUCAAGAGAAAAAUCGAUUUGAAAGAAUCGAUAGAGACUUUCGACAUAUUUUAGGUUUCAUUGAAAAAGAUCUUCGAGUGUCUGCACUUUGUAGAUAUCCAAAUUUAAGAUCACUUCUUGAAACUACGUUGAAUCAGUUGGCUAGAUGUCAAAAUAAUUUAGAUGAAUUUCUAAAGGAAAAACGGAAAAAGUUUCCAAGAUUCCUUUUUCUUAGCGACGAUGACUUAUUGGAAGUCGUCGGACAGUCGUCAAAGGAACAAGUCAUACAGACUCAUUUAAAAAAAUUAUUUGUCGGUAUCAAUAGCGUAGAGUUAUCAAUCAGUGGACAAGAAAUUAUUUGCAUUUGUUCUUUACAAGGAGAAAAAAUUAAUUUAUCGAAUAACGUGCAAAUUAACAAACCAGUAGAGAUUUGGCUCAACGAUUUAGUAAAAGAAAUGCAGAUUACUUUAAAAGAGCUGUUAGUUAAUUGUCAAAAAGAAAAGCAAGCUCCCGAUCCCUUAUUAUAUCCUUCUCAGAUCUUAUGUUUGUCGGAGAGUGUCACUUUUACAGCAAAAUGUGAACAAGCUAUCUCUAAUAUGACAUUGCAGACACUAUUAGCUAAAUAUAAGACCCAAUUGGAACAUUACAGUUCGCUCGAAUUGAAUAGAAGCCAAGAAAAAACUGACGGAGAAAAUGUAUUAGAGUUAAAACUUAAAGCUUUAUUACUCGAUACGAUUCACUUUAUAUUCGUUAUUGAGGAACUCAUAAGGAAUAAUGUAACAAAACAUUCCGAGUGGAUCUGGCAAAAACAACUGAGAUACUACAGCAACUCUAGUGGAGAAGUGACAGUCAAAAUGGCAAAUUCCAGAAUGGAAUAUUCAUACGAAUACCUAGGAAAUACUCCGAAAUUGGUUAGAACUCCACUGACAGAAAAAUGCUUUUUGACACUAACCCAGGGAAUUCAUUUGGGCAUGGGCGGAAAUCCUUAUGGACCAGCUGGUACGGGAAAAACUGAGUCCGUCAAAGCACUUGGACAUCUUUUGGGUAGACAAGUUUUAGUUUUCAAUUGUGAUGAAGGUAUAGAUGUCGCUGCGAUGGGUCGUAUUCUGAUUGGAUUGAUUAAAACUGGUGCAUGGGGUUGUUUUGACGAGUUCAAUCGAUUGGAUGAAGCAACUUUAUCGGCAAUUUCAAUGUUGAUUCAUGCCAUACAGGUAUCAAUUAGAAAAGAUCAACACACUGUUCAGCUGUUAGAUCAAGAAGUUGCAGUAAAUAAACACUGCGGAAUUUUCGUAACACUAAACCCCGCUGGUGGUGGAUACGGGGGCAGGAAUAAAUUACCAGAUAACCUUAAACAAUUGUUUAGACCAGUAGUUAUGACCCAUCCAGAUAACGAAGAAAUCGCAAGGUCUUUACUACAUUGUGAAGGUUACAGAAGUGCCAAUAUCAUUGCUAAAAAACUAAUUGAAGUUUUUGACAUAUCUAGCAAACUAUUAAGCAAGGAACAACACUACGAUUGGGGCCUCCGAUCCAUCAGAACUGUAUUGACUGGUUGUGGACGAGCACUUAAAAAUGUACGAUCUCAAAGCAAAACUAUUGAUGUUAAUGAGGAAAUGUCUAUGGUCGUGCAAGUCCUUAAAAUGGAUACUCUAUCUAAACUUUCGUUUUCCGAUAGUACUAAGUUUAUGUCGAUUGUACAAGAUGUAUUUAUGGAAGUCGCUAUUCAGGUGACUCAAGAUGAUUUAUUAAGAACGAACAUUGAAGCUUGUUUCAAAGAGAUGGGUUUGGUCAAAAAUGAAAGACAGAUCAACAAAUGUUUAGAGUUGUAUGAACAGCUUCAACAGAGGAUGGGUAUAGCGAUAGUCGGACCUCCAAAAUCUGGUAAAACUACCAUUAGGAAUCUUGUUGUCAAGGCACUUACAAAAAUAGGGAAAUGCAUAAAAUUCUAUCCAUUUAAUCCUAAGAGUUUGGAUAGAGCUCAGCUAUUGGGUAAGAUGGAUAUGAAUACAGGACAAUGGAAUGAUGGUGUUAUAACUAAAUACAGUUUGCAAAUUACUGCAGAAAAUUCAGAUAUAUGGUCUUGGAUUGUUUGCGAUGGAGAUAUAGAUCCAGAAUGGGUUGAAUCGUUAAAUUCUGUAUUAGAUGAUAACCGGUUGCUCUCUCUGCCUUCCGGUUGGCGUAUACAGUUCGGACCGAAUGUCAAUUUUAUUUUCGAAACACACGAUUUAAGUAAUGCUUCACCGGCUACCAUUUCAAGAAUGGGUAUUGUACUAUUAAGUGAAGAAGAUCUUGACGUGCAAUAUGUCCUUCAAAGUUUCGUUGAAAAAUUACCAGAGGAACAAAAACCUGUACUCGGACCAUUAUUAAAUGACUAUUUUGUAAACGCUGUCAAUUGGAUAACAAAAGAUGGUGAGACAGUUCUCCCUUGUUCCAAAAAUGCAGUAGCUGCAACUGGGUUGUCCCAGUUGGUUGAUGUAAAUAAUAAGACACAUUUUACAGUUGCUUUGAUAAAUGGUUUGGGCCAUCAAUUACAAGAUGAUUUUAAAGAAAUUUUUACUCAACAAAUAUAUGAUUGGCUGGAAGAAACACCCCCACCUGUUAUAUUAAGAUCUCGUUACAAUAAGGACAGAUAUCUAAUAGAAUCGUACUACACAAAUCCGAAUAUCACUGUUACUGACGAUGGUGUUAAGAUACCAUUAAUUGUUACCGGUCAAAUUCAAGAAUACUUAGAUUGUUUGGCAAAUUGGUUAGUUGAAUCAAAAGAGCAACACAUUUUGCUCGUAGGUCCACAUGGUUCGGCAAAGACGUACGUAAAUUUAAACUGUUCUAUAUUUGAACUGAAUUGUAUAAUUAUUUAUUUUAGCUUACUAUUAGAACAUCUAGUAAAUAACAGAACAAAUUUAGAGAUAGUUUCAAUAUAUUGCAGCGGAAGUUUGACACCUAAUUUUGUCGUUACUAAACUAUCACAGUACUGUAUUCAAGUAAAUACUCACAAGGGAAAAGUUUUGAGGCCCAAAAAAGGAAAUGUUUUAUUACAUUUCAAAAAUUUACAUUUACUUAAACCUGAUAAAUGGGGCACAAAUAUACUCAUCGAAUUUCUGAAUCAGAUAAUCGUAUACAGAGGGUUUUUUGAUUCUAAUGUUGAAUUUAUUGGAGUUGAAAACGUUACAAUUGUUGGAUCAUUGGAGGCUAACAAUAAUUUAUCGCAACGAUUCAUUUCUAAUUUAAGAAUAUUUAAUACCAGCUUGCCAGAACCCGAUGAUUUUUCUAUAAUAGUAGUGGCAUAUCUUACAUCUGUUUUAAAACAAUAUUACAAUCAUUUUCCAAAGGCCAAAAUUGUUAAACUAGCAGCUGCAAUCAUUUCGUUGUACGAUAAACUAAGAAAUACAUUUAGUACGGUUCAUAAUAAACAUUAUUCCUUUACACCACAUGACGUAACAAAUUUGUGCCACGGAAUUUUGCAAUAUAAAAAGAAUGAUGAUGAAAACGUUGAAGACUUUAUUUUAGAGGUGAUAAAAUAUGAAGCAAGGAACAUUUUCGGUAACAAAUUGGUCAAUGACGACGAUCGAAAUGUGUUUAUCAAAUUAAUGAAUGAUUCGUUCGAAGCCCAUUGGGGUGCCAUCACACCUUCGUCUUUAAAGAUAACUUAUUAUUAUGUCGUCGUGGAAAAAAGCUCCAAUCGUGAUGAAAUGGGCGAUUUAAUAAAGUUAAAUGAGCCAGAAUGGAAAGAAAUGGUACAAAGUGGAAUCACUCAAAAUGAAAGGGAAGGUUAUGUUUUAGAUUUGGUUCUCAAUGAAGAAUUACUACAUCUGACAGCGAAUAUUUUAAAAACAGUUAAUUAUCCUAGAGGAAAUAUACUUUUAAUUGGAAAAUCUGGUAUUGGAAGAAAAAGCGCAGUAAAAAUUUGUAGUGCACUACAAUCAGCUAAGUUGAUUGUUCCUACAUGCGAUCAACAACCUUUCCUUAAUAACGAUUUAAAAAUGGCUAUGCAAUGUUCUGGAAUUGAUAGAGAAGAAGUAUACAUUUUAAUCGAAGACUUCAUUUUAAACAAAGAAACUAAUAUGAAUAUGUUUAAUUCCUUAAUUUCAUCAGGAGAAAUACCAGGUUUAUAUUCACCUGCUGAAUUAGAGUCUAUAAUAAAGGGGUUAAAAGAUGAAUCGGAUAGAGAAAAUUUUGAUGGCAGUUUAAUACAAUAUUUUUCCGACAGGAUCAAACGGUAUCUACAUGUUAUAAUUUGCCUUGAUGUUGACAACGAUCAAAUAUGGAAUAUUAUCCAAAAUUGUCCGUCACUCACCCAAAAUUGUUCCAUCAUUUGGCAAUCAGUAUGGAGUUAUAAUACAAUUAAAGACAUUCCAAAUUCAAUAAUGGAAAAAAAUAAAUCUAUUGAUAAAGACAAUCUACACGCUUCUAGUAAAAGUUUUUGUUCAGUCUACAAUAUCACACAAUCAUCCAUUUCAACACCUUCAAGAUAUAUUUCUUUGGUGAAACUCUAUAUACAAAUUUACGAAGACAAAAUGACGAUGAUCAAAACUAAGCAACAAAAGCUCAAAGCUGGUGUUUCAAAAUUGACAGAAGCUGAAAGUCUGGUGAAGGAAUUGAAGCAAGAUGCAGUAGAAAAACAAACGAAAUUGGCAGAAAAACAAACUAAAGCCAAUUCAGCAUUAGAUAUGAUCAGUAAUACAAUGAAGAACGCCAACGUUCACAAAGAUGAAAUGGAACAUUUGAAGAGCAAAACUGAAGAAGAAAGUAUACAAUUAAACAAGAGAAAGAAAGAUAUUGAUAUUGAGUUGGCUGAAGUGGAACCACUAAUGGAACAAGCUAGAGCGGCUGUUGGAAAUAUUAAAACAGAAUCAUUGGCCGAAAUCAGAUCUUUAAGGGCACCUCCUGAAAUAAUUCGAGACAUUCUUGAAGGGGUUCUUAGACUUAUGGGAACUCAAGAUACAUCUUGGAAUAGCAUGAAAAUAUUUUUGGCGAAAAGAGGAGUUAAAGAAGAUAUUAAGUCAUUCGACGCUAACAGGAUCACAAAAGAAAAUCGACAGGCUGUAGAAAAACUGAUAGCAACCAAAAAGGACUCUUUUGAUCCAAAAUCAGCAAAAAGAGCGUCUCAAGCUGCUGCUCCAUUAGCUGCAUGGAUUUUAGCAAAUGUCAAAUAUUCCUACGUUCUAGAUAAAAUCAGACCCUUGGAAAAAGAGCAGAUGAAAUUGAAAGAAAAUUUAUCGAAUGCAGAAAAUCAGCUUGGCGAAUUAAGUGCCGGUCUUAUCGAUGUUGACACUACAGUAUCUAAGUUGAAGGAAAAACUAUCUGUAUAUACAAAAGAAGCCGCCGAAAUUGAAAUAGAUUUAAAUAAAGCUCAAGCCACAUUAUCAGCUGCCGAAGGAUUAGUUGCGAAACUUGGAGAUGAAUAUGAACGGUGGCAAAAACAGCUUCAAGAAUUGUCAAUGGAUAUAGAAAAACUACCGAAUCAUUGCUUAAUAAUGACCGCAUUUAUGACAUACAUGUCCAGUGAAUCUGAAGAUAAAAGACGGGAAUUUUUGAUGAAUUGCGCUAAAGAAAUUGGUAGCGAUUCCAUAGAUUUGGAGUCGUUUUUUUCUUCAGAAAGAGAACGCAUGCAAUGGCAAAGCGAAGGUCUCGCUUCAGAUAAGUUGUCAAUUGAAAAUGCCGUCAUGAUAUUAAAGAAUAAUAUGGUACCAGUGCUAGUCGAUCCCACUUCAUCGGCCGUUAACUGGGUUAAACGACAUAUGAAAACUAAAAACAUCGAAAGCAUAACUCAGAAUUCUCCAAAGUUCCGAGGAACAUUGGAACUGGCCAUUCGAUUUGGAAAGACGCUCAUAAUCGAGGAAAUAGAUACGAUUUCGACUAUUUUAUUUCCAAUAUUGAGAAAAGAAUUUGUUUUACAAGGCGAAAGACGAUUAAUAAAAAUGAAUGGAAAGUUGAUGGAUUAUCACAAUGAUUUUAGAUUGAUUCUCUCUAGUAGAAAUGAGUAUGUUACGUUACCUCCAGAAGUUUCUCCAUUAAUAAAUUUAAUGAAUUUUACAGUAACACAUACUGGUCUUACUGAACAAUUGCUUUCUCGGGCGAUUAGUCAAGAAAAUCCAGAAAUAGAGAAUAAGAAGAAAAAACUCGUAAAGGAAAAGGAAGAAUUUGAAGAAAAACUGGAUCAUCUUCAAAAUCAGCUACUAGAAGACCUGGCUAAUUCUUCGGGGAAUAUUCUUCAAGAUAUCAAGCUAUUAGAAUCGUUAAAUCAAACCAAAGCUAGUUCCGAAGCUAUCGCUCUAUCACUGAAAGAAUCAAAUGAAAUUCAACGAAAAUUGGAAACCGAAUAUGACGUCUAUAGGGAGUUGUCCCAAUUUGGUAGUUCAUUAUACUUUGCUUGCAAUGAAUUUGCAAGAAGCAAUAUAUUAUAUCUUCUUUCGGUAUCUGCUUUUACAGGGUUAUUUCUUAGAUCACUACAAAGUUUUCAAGGCCUGGAAAACAAUCUAGAAUCUCAAAAAAAGCAGCUUCUGCAUACAGUUUAUGGAUAUAUGAGUCGCGGGAUUUUCCAAAAUGAUCGAUUGAAAUUUUUGAUGUAUAUCAUCUUCAAGCUAUAUCCUAAAUCGAUUCCAGAAACAGAAUGGAACGUUUUCAUUGGAAAUAUAGUUUCAAGUAAUACAAACAGGGAGAAUAUCCCACCUUGGAUACCAAAUCAUUCAAUUAAUAAUGUUCAACAAUUGCAGACUGCAUUGGCAGAUUUUUUUAUUUCAUUAAAACUUGACGAAUAUAAUUUAUGGAAAAACUUUAUGACUGUUAGUGAAUGUGAAAAAGAAUUUCCCACUCAUUUAUCUUUGACAGAUUUUCAAAAAGUUUUGGUGGUUCAAGCUGUUAGGCAAGAUAGAUUAUUUUCCGCAAUGUCUCAAUGCGUCUUAAAUUUGACAGGACUGAAAUCUCUUAAUCCCCAAAAUCUUGAUCUUUCGUCUUUGUACAAAGAAAGUGAUAAUAAAGUUCCUAUAUUAGUCUUAACUGUAUCCGGAUCAGAUCCAAUAUCAGAAAUAAAAGAAGUUGCAUCUACGCUUCUUCAAGAAAAUAUUGAGGUUGCAAUGGGCGAGGGUCAAGAAUCUAAAGCGUUGGAAGCCUUAAAAAGAUGUUGUGAGACAGGAUCAUGGCUCAUAUUAAAAAACUUGCAUCUGGUUACUUAUUGGUUACCAGAAUUGACGCAAAUUCAUAAAAAUAUACAGCCGCACGAGAAGUUCAGGUUAUGGCUUAUAUCGGAACCAACGGUAAAUUUUAACUUCGUAUUGGCUCAAAAUAGUUUGAAAGUUGUAUACGAAACAUCGCAAGGUAUUCGGAAUAAUAUUCUACGAACGUUUGCGACUUUUGGAAAAAAGUAUUUCGAAAAAUUAAAUUCUAAUGCUGCCAAGAUAUUUUUCGUACUUGCAUGUGUACAUGCUCUAUUUCAAGAAAGAAGAAAAUAUAUUCCUCAAGGAUGGUCUAAGUUUUAUGACUUUAGUGAUACAGAUCUAUCGACUAGUGUGAACUUGAUAGAGGAUCUAUGGCAAAAUCAAGGAAUUCAAAUUCAGUGGCGAUUCAUUUCUGGUUUGAUUGGGGAUGCUGUAUACGGAGGUAGAAUAGAAAAUAUAGACGAUAUGAAAAUAGUUUAUUCUUAUACCAAACUAUAUUUUGUUGACGAUGUGAUUAGUCAUAGAUGGAAGCCAUUUGGAUUAAAUCUAAGUGUACCAAAUAAUGCCCAAUUUGAGGAAUAUAUAAAAAUGAUAAAGCAAUUUCCAUCUAUAGACAGACCUGUAUUUUUUGGAUUGUCUGAAAAUAUAAACAGGGCAUGGGAAAAACAAACAUCUCUGAGGAUGAUAUCAGAAAUUAAAAAUUUCCAUUUACAUAAAUCUAUCUCAACGAAAUUUGACCAAGACGCUUUUCAGAAAGGUCUUCUUCCUUUUAUGAGUGUCUGGAAGAGAGUAAACCAAGGCCACGAUUUUAUAAGAAUGAAUAAUGUAGAAAAAGUAACAAAAGGCUGUUCAGUGGAGAAAUUUUUAAAUGAAGAAUUUCAAAACGCCUUAACGCUUGUCCAAACGAUUCACAAGUAUUUUACUAAUUUGAAUAAAAUUUGUAAAGGAAUAAUAAAGCCCGAUGAAAAACAUUUAGCUGUCGGGUAUUUAUUAUUAAAUUAUAAGACUCCUGAAAGUUGGCAAGAUAUGUGGACAGGUCCCAAAGAACCCAUUCAAUAUUUAAAAACUUGUAUGUCUAAAAUUAUCAGUUUAUCAAAAUGGAAAGAUGAAGGUGUCCAAAGCUUACUUGAAAAGCCGUUACGGUUUGCUUCACUGUUUCAUCCGGAAGCAUUCAUUGCUUCUCACAAACAGGAUUUCUCAAAGAUGAAUAAAAUAUCAAUGGAUGAGCUGGUUCUACAAACAAGUUGGAAAACAAAAUCGAAUUCGAUAAUUUUAGCAGAAAUGCUGGUCGAAGGUGGAUUUUUUGAAAAUGGAGCUAUUAAACAAUGCUUACCAAAUUCUGAAACGUAUGGAGUUGUUCCGAAUUGUUACGUAAAUUGGGUUCGCAAGGACCAAAUUCUAUUAGAUGACAGUUAUAUGGAAGUACCGUUGUAUUCCACGUCAACGAGGAAGAAGAAGAUCGUAAUGCUUCAAAUUCCUUGUGAAAGAAACAGUAAAGAAAAGUGGCUACUAUCUGGAAUAGCUUUCUAUCUAGAAUAUUAG